AUGGGAGACGCCCUCGCCAUUGCGACCGCCACAACGCAAUUCACCGAACAGACCAUCAAGGUUGUUCGACUAUGCAAGAAGAUCUACGACAAAGUGCAAGAUGGGCCUGAAGAGGUGCGAGCUUGGAGGUCAGAGCUUGAACAGCUUCAGACCCUCGUGGAAGAAAUCCAAUGGUCACCUGCCCGCGGGGCUCCGGCACACGGGGUUCCGGCUCUCGGGAGUGACCCGGCCGUCAUCAAAACUAUCCAAAGCUGCACAUCUGUGACCACCGACCUAUGUGCCAUUUUCGAUCGAUUCGAUUUCCACGACUCAGACCCUGUCGGUCAAAAAACGUGGAAGGCCAUUGGAGGCCUCGCCAAAGAGUCAGACAUCCGAGACUUGUUUACACAACUCGAACGCUUAAAGAGCACGCUGGCUCUGCAAAUCCAGAUAGCCAACUCGCGCGAAAACCACCAACAGUCGUCUCAACUGAGCCAAGUGCUUGAACAGGUUAGCCAGAGACCUGUCCAGACUGGCACCGAAGAGGAACGUUGUCUCCGGGAAUUGUUUGUCACUGAUCCGACAAAUGACCGAAAUGCCAUAAUCACUGCCAAAGGCAAGAGGACCGCCGGAACUUGCGAAUGGAUCAUCUCGACCGAAGAAUACAAGACCUGGGAAAACACACCUGAAUCGAGCCUUCUCUGGAUAUCUGGCCCUCCUGGCAAGGGGAAAACAUUCAUUUCAAUCUUUCUCACUCAGCAUCUAGAGGCCAAGGUCGUCUCGUCUGGCUGCACCCUCAUCUAUUUCUUCUGCGACAACAAAGUAUCAACAAGAAACACAGCAGUCAAUAUUCUUCGUGGUCUUAUGUACCAGCUCAUUCAACGUCAUGAAAGAUUACUGUCACUUCUGAUGGAGCAUUGGAAAGUCCAACAAGGCGGGCUGUUCUCCGAAUCUUCUUUUGAGCGCUUAUGGGCCAUCUUUCAAGCAAUGGUUUCAGUCCUGAUUGAUACACCAAUCUACUGUGUACUUGAUGCACUUGAUGAGUGCUCCGAAGCUUCUCUGGAACCGCUGUUAUGCAAACUCAAGGAGCUGUUCGACUUGGACAACAGGGCGAGACACAAGGUCAAACUCACUGUUCUGAGCAGACGACACCCUGUAUGUCUUCCUGAGGCACUGAGCACCUUCAACCAUGUUCUACUCGACGACGAGAGGCAUGACAUUGAGUUGUACAUUCAGGACCAGGUCUCGGCGCUUGGUGCGAGAAAGGGAAUCCACAAUGGCGACUUUCUUAAACACAUCGGGGCUGUUUUUCACGACCGUGCAGAAGGCACAUUCCUUUGGGCCAGCUUCAUGGUUGCAGAUCUCAACAAGAAAUCGGCUUGGGAGAUUGAAUCUUCCUUGCACCAGCUUCCUCGCGGUCUCGACGCAGUAUAUGAACGAAUAUUAGAUCAAAUCAAACCUGGAGAUCAGGCAGUGGUAACCAAAUUGCUGACCUGGAUCACCCUAGCCCAGGUACCAUUAUCGGUCUCGGAGCUUUGUGAGGCGCUUCGGAUCGAGGGCACGAAAUUCAUGAAUCGAGAAGACGUGUGCAAGAGCUACAUUGAAGCCUGUGGCCACCUACUUCAAUUCACCGAGAUGGAUGAUACCAGAUAUCUUGGCUUACGUCGGCUUUGGAAUCCCAAGAAAAUUCAAUCACUACCACGAGUGACCGUUGUUGGUUUCGUUCACCAAAGUGCGAAGGACUUCAUGCUUUCAAAGUCAUCGCAUCCUGGGAUGAUGAGACAUCAUAUGGAUGGGGAUCAAGGGCACCUAGCCAUUUGCAGACGUUUGAUUCAACACCUCAUCCAGCAAGUGCCCAGCCAUGAGUUCUUGGAGGAGUACUUGCCGCUUGAGUCUUAUGCUGCGCUAUGGUGGUCUGACCACAUGAAACAACUGGACAAGGCGUCAACCCUUGUCCUCAUCAGAGAAACCAAGGAGUGGUUUGCCAAGAAAUCUCAUAUCAGGGAUCGUGUGCUAGAUGACAGGCGUCGAUUCCAAUCGUAUGACCCCGGGAUGCCGCUUUUACAUCUUGCCUGCUAUUUGGGGCUGUACCACCUUGCAGAACAUCUUCUUGAUGGAAAAUUGAUCCUUUCUAAAUUACCAAAGCAACUGGGAGUCGACAAAACAUUCGGGCCAUCAUGGAGUGGAAACAAGCUGACUCCACUUCACUUGGCAUCCGACGAGGGCCAUGAACGAGUUGUGUCACUUCUCCUGGACCGUGGUGCGGAUCCGAUCAAGCCAACUGGGAACCCGUUCUUCAAGACCUCCUUUGAAUAUGCCCUGGAGAGGGGAAAUAUGGGCGUCUUUCGUCAAUUAGCUAAAACGAAGAAGGGUCAAGGAAUGAUUCAAGACCUGGUGUCGCGACAGGCUGAUGGGGGCCUGCUAUAUUGCGCUGCGAGGUCCGGGAACGAGGCUCUUUGCGAUGAAAUGAUUGAGAAGUACAAGUUCAACGUCAAUGCUACUGGAACUGCGGGGUGGACACCACUGGCCGUUGCCAUUGGUGAGGGUAAUGUCCAUCUUGCGCAGAGGCUGAUCCAACGGCACAAGGCUUCGACAGGCAAUCACAUGAUGCUCCUUGAAGCUGCUUGCCACGGGUUUCGAUUGCGCUCCGACACUUUCAGCUUUCUUGUUGAGGAAUUGCAAGUAAACAUCAACGCCGUGGACGACAAUGGGGACACACUCUUUCAUGCUAAGCCGUUUUUUUAUUUCCCUGGAGCCAAGUGGCUGACACUGUUGGAAACCCUCCUUGCGCUGGGCUACAAUUUCCGCGCCGUCAACAAUGCGAAUGAAACAACUCUUCACUAUAUGGUUUCAAACUGUGGACGUCUUUUUUUUUGGGAGAAGAAACUACCACGGGUUAUUGCAUUCCUAGUUGGAAGGGUGCGGAUUAACGUCAACGCACAGGACCACGAGGGGCGAACUGCGUUGCAUUUGGCUGCAAAAGUGAUAGUAGAAACUACGUUCUUCGACAAGAAAACUAGGAAUGGACUUCGGAGAAUGACCAGGGCACUUCUGGAUCAUGGGGCAGACCGAACUCUCAGGGAUAGACGUGGGAGGACGGCCCACGACUACCUCCUGGACUGCUCAUCCAAGGGCCGCUACUUCGGCUUCCAUGAGACACGAGAGGCAAUGUCAGAGAUUCUCCGAACCUACUCGACGGUCCCAGUGGACCUGAGGUAG